AUGGACUCCGAUAAUCCACUACAUCCUGUGAACCUCCUCGCCGCCCGCGCCGACAGUUCCUCCCGUCCAGCCUCCUACAAAGCCAUCGGUAUCUCUCUCGCCAUUGCCUCGGGCUUCUUCAUCGGUGUCUCCUUCGUACUCAAGAAGAAAGGUCUCCUCCGCGCCAACGUCAAGUACAAUGAAGAAGCCGGCGAAGGGUACGGAUACCUGAAGAACCUCUUCUGGUGGGGCGGGAUGACCCUGAUGAUCAUCGGGGAGCUGUGCAACUUUGUUGCCUAUGCUUUUGUCGACGCUAUCCUCGUGACGCCGUUGGGCGCACUGACGGUCGUCGUGACCACCAUUUUGUCGGCGAUCUUCCUGAAGGAGAGGCUGAGUUUUGUUGGGAAAGUGGGCUGCUUUUGCUGCAUUUUGGGCAGUGUGGUUAUUGCGUUGAAUGCGCCGGAGCAGUCGUCGGUGAGUGAUAUUCAGGAAAUGAAGAGCUAUGUCAUUGCUCCGGGAUUUUUGUCCUAUGCUGGAGUGAUUAUCGUGGGGUGUAUUGUCACAGCGGUUUGGUUGGGGCCUAAAUAUGGCAAGAAGAGCAUGUUUGUGUAUAUCAGCAUUUGCUCAUUGAUUGGAGGGUUGAGUGUCGUGGCAACGCAGGGUCUGGGGUCUGCUAUCCUGGCUCAGAUUAAUGGCGAGGCGCAGUUUAACCAGUGGUUUAUGUAUGUCUUGCUGGUGUUUGUUAUUGCGACGCUGUUGACUGAGAUUAUCUAUCUCAAUAAAGCCCUCAACAUCUUCAACGCUGCGCUGGUCACUCCCACCUACUAUGUCUUCUUCACCAGUUCCACCAUUGUCACCUCCGCCGUGCUGUUCCGCGGCUUCAAGGGAUCCGUCUCCUCCAUCGUCACGGUCAUUCUAGGCUUUUUGCAGAUCUGCGCUGGUGUCGUGCUACUGCAGCUGUCCAAGUCCGCCAAAGACGUUCCCGAUGCCGCUGUCUUCAAGGGAGAUCUCGACCAGGUGCGCGAGGUCGCCACGCAAGAAGAGCCUGAAUUCGAGCCCAAGGCCGACUCCAUUCGCGCCACCGCCGCCAUCAUUCGUCGCCUCUCUACCCCACGUCGCCAGAUGGAAGCCGAGGAAGCCCGGCGCUACUUCCACGACCGCGCGGAGGACAUGAAGCCCCCAGCGGAGAAUGAGGUGAUCGAAUGGGACGGGUUGCGCCGGCGCAAGACCGUCCUCGGCGAAGGUCCAACCACCCUGGGACGCACGCGAACCCUUCGCAACCCCUCGGUCAAGUAUCCCGUUCCGCCACUGGGCAUGUCGCACGUACCGGAAGAGCGACCAGACGAGCCGGAGCGACCCAACACGAAGCAGAGCAGUCAUUCCUUCCUCGACGACCUGCGAUCUCGCGCCUCGAGCCUCUUCCAUCCCGCCUGGCAGCCCAUUCAAGAUGAGCAUGCCACGCCGGACCCUGUUACCUUAACAGCUCUGUCUGCCCACAAGCCGCAUCCCGAUACCCGCUACCCGCAGUCCAUUGCAGACGACUCGCGUAGCCACACGCCAUGGGGAGAAGAGCGCGGGGCCCCCUCCCCGCCACCCCACGGCGGCGCUCGACGCCAAUUCUCAUUCAACACCAUGCUCCACCGCAUGAAAACAGGCCAUGAAGCAACUGCAUCGCGAAGCAGCAUUCCUCCCCGACCGCCUCGUCACCGGGCGCAGUCCGUCACCGAAGAAGAACGCCUCGGCCUCGUGCGCGGCGACUCCCGCGGCGAGACAGGACCGGACGAUGAUGUGGACGAGAAGCUGGGCCGAUUCGACUCACACGAUAGUACAUUCGACGAUGGACCCGGCCGAUUGCCUUCCGGAUUAAUGCAUUCGCCGGAGCUAUACCCAGCCCGACUGCGCGUCAACCCACUUCCACCACUCCCGGACGAAGAGCCGCUCGAAGAUCCGUAUGCGCCGGUGGAUAUGGGCCGGCGCGGAUCGCAUAGUAGCGCGGGGACGCUGUCGUCGAGCGGACGGAGUAUGGGCUGGCGCAGACAUGGAUCGGCGAGUAGUGGAGGCAGUGUGCAACUGCCAGGGAGACGAGGAGCAUUCAUCUAA